CAGCUGGAAAUGUCGACUCUGCUUUUUUUCCAUAGAUACUGCCUGGCCUGCUGAAUUCCUCCAGCAUUUUGUGUGUGUUGCUUGAAUUUCCAGCAUCUGCAGAUUUUCUCUUGUUUAUUUUCAUGUGAGUUUUGAUUGUCAACCAACAUCUUAUGUAAGGUGCCUGGUUCUUCCUCCUUCCUGUACUUUUUUUUUUGAGUUUUUCUGUUGAAUCUAUUCAGAUAAUGCCACUUUAUAUACAAUCGUUAUUGAAAUAUUUUUUAAAUCUUCAAUGGUGGACUUCUUCCUCUAUUUUUCACAGUAGCCUCAAUUGUUCCUCCCUAUUUACUGCAGUUGUGACCUUAACCAUUUUUUCCUCUCAGUUUGGAAUCAUAAUAAGAUAUAUAUUUGGGGACGGAUCACUGAUGGAAGCCUGAGUACUGAUAUCUACGUUACCUGAAGACAUAAUUGGAAUAAAUGUGCUGCAGGGACAAUCAGUGCAGACUAAAUUGGGAAAGUUCACAUUUGGCAUCUUAGUGGGAUUUGUGAAGUGGUAACCUCAUGAAAUACCACCACCUAGUGCUGUGGUUUGUGUGAAGCAGUACAGAAUAGCAGGAGGAGAUUAAGAUGUUUCAGAUUACCAUCAAGGGUUUGCUAAAACAAGGUGUGAUUGGGCAUGUAACCUCAAGAGUGUAACAGUUCUGUGUAGCCAUUAAAGGAAUCGGGCAGCUCCAGUCACUAAUAAGCUGGAAUCCAGGGGUGGAGAGCAGAUGCCCUAAACCCAGUCACAGAAACAGUUCUGCAGCAGCAGGGAGAGAGUGGUUUCAGCCAGCUAGCUGAAAUGGUGGCAUGAGUUGCCUCCGCUGCACGAAAUCGAUAAGCUGCACAUACAGUAUACAAUCUCUUGGGCAGUGGCAUUUGGGAAAGCUGUGUGGAUGAUAGGGUAACUGAUACAGGGAAAGCCCCUGUGUUAGCAGCCACUCUCGGAACAGAUCUGGGAAGCAGCCCAAUGAAUGGAGAUCAUUGCUUUCCAUGUAGACGCCCAGCAGAAAGACUCCUCUCUGUCUAUCACUUUUAAUAAUAACGUGAGCCAGUUAGAAUGAGUAGAUCUCUUUAGCAUUCUGGAAUCCCAUGUAGUGGGACAGUGGGCACAUAACAUACUAAUGCCACCUUUGUAUGUGGCUGCAUCAGGUUGUGCAUUGGAACCUAAAUAUGUGGACACUAAGUACCAGUAUGUGCCGAGAUUCUAUCUAUCUCUGAUGGGGCCUAGGUGUGCAACAAGAAUUAGCUGGAGCAAGCUGCGCAGGUAAAAUAGAAACUGGGACUGUAGGGAGGGCGCCCCUAUCAACCGGGAAGAGCCUAGUCAUCAGAUGUGAGGUGCUAUUAGAAUUGCUGUACUUGGUGCAGGUGUGGCCCUUCCCUGACUCCUCCAGCUUGGCAAUCACCUGAGCUGUCUUCAGAUUCAUCUGGGGAUCUAAGAUAGAGCUGGUCAGAUGAGUCACAAUGCAGAAGUCCUUGGACAAAAGGGGCAAAAACAUACCCAAUAUUGCCCUCACUCUGAUGACCACCUUCAUGUGUGGCUUCAUCAGGCUGUGCAUGGAACCUAGAUACGUGGGCACCAAGUACUACAACGUGCAGAGUUUCUAUUGUCCCCUGUGUUGAGAAGGAUGGGUCUGGGUAGGGAGCCACACCACAUCUCAUCAGAUGGUUGAUGCCGCAUUACCUGUCCUUUGUGGAAAAAUUCUUCUAGACCAGUGUUUCCCAAGCUUUUUUAGCCCAACACCCCCCCUAAAAGCACUUUCAUACUUGCCAAUGGCCCCUUAAGCACCUUCAUACUUGCCAAUGCCUCUCUUAGGUACAAUAUACUUUUCAGCACCCCCACAAUGUAAAAGUAUGUCUACCAUAUGCUUUCAUGAGAAAAAAGAUUCUCCUUUAAGUUUUUAUUUGUCCUGGGCUGGCUGGUGGAGCAAAAACAUCAGCGCUGGACCCGGGAGCAGAAGUUCCCAGGUUGGAAACUAGUCGGGUCUGCCCCCGAGUACGCUUUCCAUCCGUGCCGGGUUGAGUGUCGAGAUCGCAACUCGACCUCGUAAAGGGAAAAAUACUGCGAAAAUGCCUGUGUGAGGAGUGGCUCGCCACGCAGUCUCUCUCUCUCACUCCGUGCCUUCUAAAAAGCCAUGAAAAAGAUAUCAUCACGGACACAGGCAGGCACACACCAAAAAAACAACAAAUUUUUAUUUAUCUUUAAACCUAGCUUUAACAGUACCUGUACAUUAUACAGCAGCUUUGAUAUCAAUGUGAUCCUUGAGCUUGAUGGUUUUAGCAAGAGUUGAAGUUGUGACAGCAAAAGCCUUAAGACCCCACACAUAACAAUAUCCAAGCAGUUUUUGUUUUUUGUGAGUAUGUGGUUCACUGCACUUGAAGCCUCUUUCAACUAGGCAGGAGGAUGGAAAUGCAAUGAAGAGCAGUUUGACUCUUCUCCAAAUACCAGGAAAUUUUGUAUGACAGUGUAGCCACAUACCCCAAAGGCUAACAUUUUUGAAAAGCAUUUUUGCAGCUUCAUUUUGAAUUUUAGUGUUUAUUUUCUUGUAAGCUCUCUUCCUGUUGUUCCACCUUGUGAAGCAAGGGGUUUAUUAUCCAGUCCAGAAUUUCCAGAUCGUUCAAAUCCUUGAAUUGAUUCUAAAAUCCUUCAGUGUCUGUAGGUGUAAGCAGUACUCUUGCAAAUUACCAUCUCUGAAAGAGAGUACUAUACUUUCCAUGCAGGGAAACUGAAAACAUUCUUCUCCCAAUGUUUUGCUUAUAUAUUUCCAAUAAAAGUGGACAACUCACUUUUUCCCUGGAUUAAAUUGAAAUCCUCACCGUGCAGUUUCAUAUUUAGAAUGUGCAUUUUUUCAUAUAGAUCAGCUAGGUAUGCCAUAUCUCCACAUAGAAGUUCAGUCUUUCCCAUGCUCUUGUCGACAUUGAGCAAAUAUUCAACCAAUGUCAAAAACAUUGAAGAAAUUUUUAAGGAGAAGCCUUUUGACAGCCAUCGCACUUCAUUGUGAAGAAGUUAUCUUGGCAUAACUGGUGAAAUGUUCUGCACUACCUGUGUAUUGUGGAAAAGUUUUUCUGGACCAACACCUUUGAUCACAAGUCCAUCAGGCAAUGGUCAGCAUGGAACAUCCUGCAGACACUGCAAGAGAAGUACUCGAUAGAUACAGUGGAGUGGUUUCUUGAGCAGGCUGACCAGACCAUCUGGUAGAAUGUCUCAUUAACAAAGAUCUUGCCUGGCUGGCAGUGAGAUGGGUCUCCGAGACAGAUCCUUCCUGCAUGCGCGAAGCACCACUCCUACAGUAUGCUGCCUGCGGGAUGACUAGUGAGGAAGAGGCUGCAGCUCACCUCUUUGCGGACUGUGGGUUUGCAAAAAGGGUGUUGAGAAAGGUGAAAGAGCCUGUGUCACGGUUCAUCCUGAGCAGCUGCAUGACAGGGGACUCUGGUCUACAGCUGUUCUCAUGGACACAAACAUCAAGUGCUAUUGGCAAAUUAUCAACUCACUGAAAGAUUCUGCUAGCUAAGGGGACACACAGAGGCUUGGAACAGUCACCUCAAAGGCUCGGUGGGGAAGAAUUACAGUUAGUGUACUUAUCCUACUGGAGAGGAACCCCUCAAUUAUAAUAAUAAUAUUCUCCCUCCCCAGAGUGGCACACAAUACCAAUAUGUACCAAGACUGUUUACCCUCCUCCUUUAGAACUAAAUGGACGCAAUCCAAGAUGUCCCUGACCCUAGCACCUGGCAGGAAAUAUACUUAUCCGUGUGUCUCUAUCAUGUAAUAUAAGCACCCGGUGUGAGAGAUUUCAUUAAAGAUUAAUGAACAGUUGGGAAAAUGUAGAGUGUAGGUGCAAGGAUAGGUCAUUUGUCCUUUGAGCCUGCUCCACUUUUCAGUAUAAUCAGUUUCGGUUGAACUCUCUACCCCUAAAAUAAAUAACUCAUUGAAUACAUUUAAUGAUUUGGCUUCAACUGCAUUUCAGUGGUAGUGAUGCCACAGAUUCAUAAAAGUACAUUUAUUUUUUACUCGUAACUGAUUUAUCCCUAAUCCUUACUGCCAUUAGAAACUUCCUUCUUGCAUCUAAUCUUCCAGUCCAGUUAGAAUAUUAGGGGUUUCCCCUCUCGUUCUUGUAUCCUGUUAGUUUACUGAGUCUAAUUAAUCAAACCUCUGUACAUAUAUGCCAGUCCUGCCAUCUGAGGAAUCUUCACUAAACUUGCUCCACAGCCAGAACUUAAACAAGGGUUGUCUUUUCAAGUCUCUACAGCUGCAGCAAAAUUCCCUGCUUUGAUACUCCAGUGAGGGUACAAUCACAUGUUUACCUUCAGAAAUACGUACAAGACAACCUGGUCCAGUUGCAGCUUCUUUCCCAAUCUCUUCCAAUUCUGAUGUGUUUUUUCUAUUAUUGCUACCAAAGUUGCAGAGACCUUACAAUACUGAUGUAAAAUCACUCUUUUAGAGAAUCAAACUGCUAAAAGCAUCUGGCCGUGUCUCUAGAUCCUGUGGAGAUCAAGUGACGGAGGCAUUUGCAGACAUUUUAACCUCUGCCUGCUUCAAGGAGUUUCCCACCUGCUGUUAAGAAGACCACUAUCAUCCCAGUACCAGAGAAAACAAGUCAUUGUGCCUUAAUGACUACAACCUGGGAGCUCUGACAUCCAGCAGCAUGAACAUGAGAUUCUAGAUGUUGGAAAUCCAGAACAUCACACAAAAUGCUGCAGGAGUUAAGCAGGUUAGGCAGCUGAUGAUCAUUGAUUAAGGGUAAUUUCCAAAGAUGCUGCCAGACAUGCUGAGUUCUUCCAGCAUUUUGUGUGUUGCUCCUCCAUCACUCAGGUCUAUAACAGAUACCAUCUUCCUGGCCCUUCAACUAAUCUUUGCAGCAUCAGGGCAGUAAAGACACUAAUGAAAACUUAUUUAUUGACUACGAUCCAAUUUCAGUGCUAUUAUUCCAAGCAAAUUCAGCAAUAGAGUCCUAAACCUGGGUCUCAACACCUCCUUUUGCAACCCGAUUGUCUUUACUAACAGGCCACAGCAAGGAUAUGCAACAAUACUUUCAAUAUGAUAAUCCUUAGCACUGGUGCCCCAUAAGGCUAUAUCCUCAUUCAAGGCUGUGUGUUCAGAUUCUGCUCAAACUCCAUCAGUAAGUUUGCAGAUGAUACCACCAUAGUGAGCGGAAUUCCAAGUGAUUUGAGUUGGGGAACAGGAAGGUGAUAGCCUAGUGACAUAGUCUCAUAACAAGAACCUUCCUCUCAAUAUCAUCAGAACUAAAGAUCUGGUCAUUGACUUCAGGAAGGGGAUGAAGCUGUGCACAUGCUCCUGUUUAUAUCAACACUGCUGAGUAAAAUUGGUGAGAGCUUACAUUUCUAUGAAGUGAACAGCAAUAGCCUGUUCAGUAGACAUCAUGAUGAGACAUCUAAAAAGCUUAUCGGCAGCUCUUCUCCCUGGGGUGGGUAAAAAAUAAAAUUUGUCAUGUCCCUUGUUGAUGCAUCAGAGGAAACAUCCUAUUGGCUCCAUUAUGGCUUGUAAUGGCAACUGCUCCUGUGACCACAAGAAACAGAGUUAUGGACAGCUUAGGACAUCCUCUGCUUCAUAGACUACAAAUCUUGCUUUCUCCUUAAAGUGGCUAACAUAAGGUAAAGAUGCUACCCAACCGGGACAUUCCUCUCCUAUCGGGUAGAGCAUGUGAAAGUAUGUACCUUGAGGCUCAAUGUCAGCUUCUGUCCCACUGUGAGAAGGCUAUGGAACAGUUCUGUUAAUAUAAAAUUGACUUGAACUCACAAUCUGCCUUAUUGCAGCCUUCCAUCCUAUUUUCUAUCUGCAUGCACUUUCUGUAUCUGCAACAUUCUGCAUUCUAUUAUUUACCUUAGGGUACUUCAAUACACUAUUUGUAAUUGAGUAAUCUGUAUGAAUAGCAUGCAAGACAAGUUUUUCUCUGGGCCCCAGUAGAUGUAUGUAACAAUAAUAAAUUUGCCAAAAUAGAUGACUUCAAAAUACACCAGUCAACCGCACAUAUGCAAUUACUAAAUUUAAUUCCCUGAUCCAAAUAAUACACUCAGUGGCCAGUUUAAGUACACCUGGUCAUCUUGUUAAUGAAAAUAUCUAAUCAGCCAGUCAUGUGGCAGCAACUUGAUGCAUAAAAUCAUGCAGACAGGUCAAGCAGUUUAGUUGCUCAGGUCAAACAUCAGAAUGGGGAAGAGAUGUGAUCUAAGUUAUUUUGACUGUGGAAUGAUCGUUGGUGUUGGACGGGGUGGUCUGAGUAUCUCAAAUACUGCUGAUCUGAGAUUUUCAUGCACGACAUCUCGAGUUUACAGAGAAUGGUGUGAAAAACAAAAGCUAGUGAGCGGCAGUUCUUUGGGCGAAAACACUUUGUUAAUGACAAGUCAGAGAAUAAUAGACUGGUUCAAACUGAUAGGGUGACAGUAACUCAAAUAACCUCGUGUUACAACAGUGAUGUGCAGAAGAGCAGCUCUGCAUGUAUGAUACAUCAAGUUUUGAAGUGGAUGGGCUACAGGAGCAGAAGACCAUACUGGGUUUCACACCUGCACAUAUAGUGGCUAUUGUGUAUAUCAUAAAUUACGACGGAGCAGUGGAGACAGGCAAAUGACUGAUGCAAUAGCUGCUGGCUGCAACUGCAAGAAGGGCCCGUUUAUUCCUACAACAAACAAAUGAUCGGAUUAAGUUGGUCGAGCGGCGUCUAUGGGAGAAAGGAAACUGUCCGUAUUCCGAGCCGAAGACUAACAUCAAGACUAGUCGUUGCAGAUUCCCGUCGCCUAUCCUCAUCUGUUCUUUAAUUCGCGUAUUGCUCACUAAUCUGACUGCAGUUUGCAUUUUGCGUCGGAACAGUGGAGAAAUCAAAUAACUAAUCUAUUAUCCCGAUUACAUCCACCCGGUUCCUCUUCUUCCCUUACCACCUUAUGGUUGGAAGAUGGGUAGGCAUGUUAUUUUGUUACUUGUCACGUACUGCCACUUGGCUUGUUUUGCAUUCGCCAAAUAAAAUAACUACACUGAGAUUAAUGUUAAUCCACAAGAAAAAGAGACUAACCAAUUUCUGGAUGUGGACAUUUAUUACUGGAGUUGCAGGUAAAAGAAAAGCCCUCUGACGGUGGUCCGGUAGACCUUAUCAAUUUAACGAUCGACGAAGUAUCAUAACUGCUGCGCGUGAUAAUAGAGCCUGCAUUAAAAAGUAGCACAUUUUAAUAGUGCUGUGUUUACUGGAUUUUCUUUAGUUUAUUACAGGACCUGUUAAUUAUCGACGCUGAACAGAGGGACUAUGUUUCAGCUGCGAACAGUUGGCUUGAAACCCACGUGAAAUUUUUGGGACCCUGCACAGGCAUUGCUGUAGAGUUUCCGGGUAAAAUGUGUGUGUGGGGGACACUUGCAUUUUUGGGGGUGAAAAUUCUUGUCUCUAAUAGCGACUUCCUACUAUGUUUUUACAAUUUUCAAGACUAGCAGUUUGUAUGUUUAUGGGUUAAUAGGUUAAUUAGUCAUAUGCGUGUGAUUGUGGGCCGAAAGAGUCUGUUAACGUGCGGUAUCCAUAAAUAAAUAGCUGCUGCUGUCGUGAAUCUGAAAGGGGGAAACGUGGUAGAGGAAAAUGAAUUAACAUUAUUUCAGGUUGAAUAUAUUUCGGCAGAAUUGGGGAAGAGAAAACAAGUGAGUUUAAAUUGCAGGGAAGAUGUGAGAAGGACAAAUAAGAAAACGUGAAUAACUAUUCUGGAUGACGCCAAGGUUCCUUUGCAGAUAAGCUAUAGAUAAAGUUAUUAUUUAGUUAUAGCUUGAGGGCAAUUUGAAGGAAAACAGGAUCAAAAAGCUAUGAAAUUAGAACGGUCAUUUUUUUGCCAGGCCUUUCUUCCGCCCAGGUAUUGUUGCUGCCCAGGUUGGGACCCAGCCAGUUUCGAAUUUAGGACCACCCCUUCAAAGUCCAGUGCUGAUGCCACUACAUCACCGGCCAGCAUUAUUAAUAUUACAUAUUGAUAAUCCUUUGUCGCAAGUGGGAAAACGCUGAAGUUUGAAGUUACAGAAAAAAGCUAGAAAUGCAAAGAAGAUGGAGUGCCCGCUAAUAGGAUAGUGACUACGAGAAAACACAGGCCAUAUUGGUGUAAUCGAAGUGAGGAUUUUUAAAUAGAUGAAACCGGACGUAAGCAAAACUGCUGGGACUGAAAUAUGUAUAGGAAUAUAUUUGCCGGCAAAAGGCAAUUGCUAGUUAGCUGUUUAACGGAUGGUGACCUAGUGGCCCUCAAUCCUGUUCUGGAGAUCUCGGAUAGCGUAGAGAAUCCGGGAUUUUCAAUGCCAAGUGCUUGUCCACUUCGAUAGUUUCGCCACUUGGUUACAUGAAGAACACUUGUUGUCCGCGACGUCACACUAGGCAACCGAGUUGGGGUGAUAGGUUGCCUGUCGCGUCCUAGCAACGGCGCUGCCGGCUGGUUGAUGUCGGAAGCAGCGGCAGAGAGAAAGGAUCGCCGAGCCAGAAGCUCAGGGGAACGCAAAACUUCAGACAAUGCUUGAGACCAUACAGUGCGCGAUCUUAGAAUUUGGUAGAAGCCUCUUCCUAACUCUCUCCAAUCUUUCGGCUGACGAUAUUGUGAACAUAUGGGCAAAUGUUUCUGCUUUCGUGGAUCGCCAUAUGUCCCUACAGAAGGGAGUACACAUUUCGGGACUGGGGACUUUUACUUUUUCACAGCAAAGACUGAAUGUUGGACAUAGAUUCAUAUUAAUUCAAAGGCCAGUAUUCGUGAUGUCUGAAAAACUCCUGCAGAUCCAUGGAUUAUCGCGCGCAAAACAGCACGUAUCUGGUGACAUACCUAUUGUUGAACUCAAUUUUACAUUCCUUGCUCUGGAGAGCCCUUAUGAUCGAGAUACAGUUGAAGGAUGUGUCAAAGAGACUUUGCAGAUCAUGAAUCGUUAUAUCGCCUUUAACCGUGAUGUUAAUUUCACAUUCGAAGACAUUGGUGUGCUAACUAUACGAAAUAACAAGGUCAAAAUGAAGUUUUAUAGAGAAUUUCUAAAUGCAAUGGAUGGUAGUGGAAAUUUAGUGAAAGCCCUAUCAAAUCGACCUGGAACUGCGGACUCAAUAAAAUCAAUCAAAGAUGCAUGUUCAGUUCGGCCUGCUACAGCUAGUUCUGUUCUGUUUCCCAGGAUUCAAUCAGUUGAUGUCAAUGAACGGAAAUCAGUGAUUCCGACAAUUAAAGAAGAAAAUGAACGAGAAAGUGAUGAAAACCCAUGUAACAUUCAAAACAGUGAGUUAAGCAAAGAAAAUGAACAAACUGAAAAACUGAAGGAAAGUGAGAAAAGUAGAAAGACAACAGAAAUGCCCCUUGUCAAGCAACCUACUAUCACACAACUAUUGGUUCCCACUAAAAUCUCUUCUGUAGGCAUGAAGGAAGAUUUUCAAAAAAAUGUUGAACACAAAGAUUUAUCAGAAAGGUGGUCUUCUCCACAUCGUUCUUUAUCCUGUCAGUCUGCCAUUCAAAGUACAAAUGUGCAAACAGUAAAGAUCAAAACACCACCUGCCACUGCCUGUUCUGAUCAUUGCAGGGCAGGACAGGAGCUAUGUUACCUUUGCAUGCAACGAGCUCUGAAAAAUUUCCCUAUUGACAUUUCGGAGAGCAGAAGAAGAAAAGAACUGGAGGAAGAGAAAUUACUGCAGCAGUAUCAACAAAUGAAAAGCCAGGAGGCCAUCUUCCAGGAACAGUGUGAAAUGUUGGCUGGCAGAGAAUAUAAUCAAAAGAUUUCAGCAUUCAACAUAGGAGUUGCUGAAGCCAAAAAGCGACGGAAGAAUUCAAAAUGCAAAGAUGUCAGUAAUGGAUACAUAUUCCAGAGGAGACUCUUGACACCACCAGUCAUUCUGAAACAACAGCAGUAUGCACAGUGCUUGAAGAAACAGAUGGAGGAGAAACAACAAAGAGAAAACAGAAAAAAACAAGAUGAAGAUUUUCUGGACCGAUUAGAGCAAGUACAGUUAGCAGAAGAUCUUGCUGUCCAGAGAGAGAUGUAUUUAAAAGAGAAGCAGGAACAAAAAGAAGCCUAUAAAACUGCAUUAGAUAUACAGAGAAAAGAGAAACCACGUCAGCUGCCAGCAUUUGUCUCUGAUUCUUCUGGGCCAAUCUUUGGUGGUUCUGAGUUACCUGGGAAGUCAGAAGAACAAAAGCAAGCAGCACGUAAACUUUGUAAGGAGCAGAUGCAGGCUGCAGCUGAUCGUAAGAGAGAUGCUAUUCUGAAUCAAAUUUAUGAACAGAAAACUGAGUUGGAAAUGCUGGAGAGAAGCAAAAAAGGCUUAAUAGAGGAACAUAAAAAGCGUUAUGAAAAUUUACAGAGAAUGCGUAGAACUUUAGAGGAAGCCUGGGAUGAAAAUGUAACUAUGAAACAACUGAAAGAAUAUGAACAAAAACAACAUACAAAAGCGGGAAGCAUUUUUCUACUUGAUCAAUCUAAGAACUACCGUAGUUGUUUUCAGUGUAAGCGGCGUUUAUCAAACUGCGGGGAGACAAGCAUUUGGAACAACUCAUUCAUUACAACUAGAACAUAAAGAAUCGUCAUAUGGACAGUCAGCUCAAAUGAAAAAUAAUGAAAAUUCCCCUAUUUUUAGUAAUUAAUGUUUCCAUACAUUUCUUUCAGAUUAAUGUGGAAUUGUUUUCAUGGGUAUAUAUGUUGCACUGUUAAUAAUUUUUCUUAUGAAAAUGUUUUUCUACCGUCAGAUAAUAUAUUCAUAUUGCAACAGAGAUGUUUGAAAUAAUUUCUACCCUUGAAUACAUAGAGGCAGAACAAACAAAAAAAGGUACUGCUUUGGGACCUUCAGUUAUGAGAUUUGGAUUUGGACACAUUUAACCUUUUAUAAAUAAUCCCCAGAAGUUUCUUUGCUGAAAAAGCUCGGAGCUGUAUAUAUUUGAACACUGAAAUCUGAACAGCAGCUGUUUGGGCUAAUUAGCAUUCAGAUCAAUUUUUAUUCUAAUGUUGAUCAAUCCAAUCUUCAUCUGGAGAUAUUUUUCAAAAGUCAGAUUUAGCAGUUUUACAGCCUCAUAUUUUCUAUAAUAAAUCACAAGUUUGGGAAGAAACUUUGAAUUGGCAGUUUGGUCAUUCAAUGGAUAGAUGCCGUUGUUCCUUAUUUGUUUUCCAUACACUAGAGAUAUGACCAGCCAUUGGUGUUCUGUAAUGAGUUGCCAUUCUAGCCACUCAUGCUAUAUUCAUGUGAAUUAGCUGAAAUAAAUAAUUUCAUGAAACAAUCAGGCCAACAAAUAUAAGCAGUAUGGAAGUUGUACAUGAGAGUUGUAAACUGCGUAUGUGCAAAAUUAAACAGU